CCUUCCUUCCUUCCUUCCCUCCCUCUCUCCCUCCGCCUGCCCAGCUGCAUCACUGGACCAGCUGACAGAGGGGCGACCAGUGGCGAAGGUCCUCUUUGCGCACCGGAGUUUCGUUUUUACGCGCAAGGCGCUGCCCGAGGAUGAAGUGCGGAGGGACCAGCGAGGCCAAGGCGGCCACGGCCGAGACGCAGCAAAUCGCCCAGGAAGUAAGGAAGGGAGCCUCCUGGCACUUUGACGCAGCUGGAGAAACCUCUGGAGGGGGACGGGGGGCUGGCUGGGUGGAUGGAUGGAUGGGGAGGUGGGGAAGAUGAAAGCGCAGCCUGGAGAGAGUCGCUCCCGUCCUUCUCCUCCUCCUCCUCCUCCAGUGGCGCUUGCUCCUCGGCCUCCCAACAUCUGGCAUGAAAGGCGAGGCACUCCCUUCUCCGCUUCCCCCCUUGGCCCGGGGGCUCAUGAGGACUAGCCGCCCCCUUCGCCCACAGAAGUGCUGUAGUCGUCGCCAUGUUAGUCCAGGUGCCAGAGAGGUCAACCUGGAAGUGCUGACGCGUGCAGAACAACAUACCGUAUUUUUUGCUCUAUAAGACUCACUUUUUCCCUCCUAAAAAGUAAGGGGAAAUGUGUGUGCGUCUUAUGGAGCGAAUGCAGGCUGCGCAGCUAUCCCAGAAGCCAGAAUAGCAAGAGGGAUUGCUGCUUUCACUGCGCAGCGAUCCCUCUUGCUGUUCUGGCUUCUGAGAUUCAGAAUAUUUUUUUUCUUGUUUUCCUCCUCCAAAAACUAGGUGCGUCUUGUGGUCAUGUGCGUCUUAUAGAGCGAAAAAUACGGUAUUUGUUGUUUCCAUACCUCUUUCAUUGAUGCCCAGGUGCCGAUCAUGUCGCUCCAAGGUUUAUUCUAAUACUAGGCGCAUUUUGGGCAAUUUCCCCAAAACGAAAAGUUGUGCAUGGUGGAGGAAGUUUUUGUGCACUUGGGCAACUGGGGUUUCAUUAAGGGGCUGGAUAGAUUUUAGAAAAGAAAUGGAAGGAAGCACUUCGGAGCGGUGCAUUGGUUUAAAAGUACCUAAACCAGCCCCCCACCCAUAUUUUAGUCCUAGUUCCUUAUUUGUCCUUCCCAGGACAUACUGAAGUGGAAUUAAGUGAGCGGCCUCAGUCAAGAGUAGGACUAUAUGUGAACCUGCAUCCCAAAAUAAGUUUGGGCUCCCCCAAAUGAUAGAUCAACACUUCCAAGAGAGCUUUCCCCACAAUCUGCAUAACUUUUUUUUAAAAAAGGGGUUUUUUAAACAUAAAAAAUACAAACAACAUGAUCAAAGUUACAAAAUACGGGAGUAGCACAGAAGUUGUGUUUUCCAAAUAAGCAGAGAGCAAGUAAUGUAGAAAAAUAAAAACAGCAAAACGCAUAAUCAAAGCCACAUUUCAUGAUUUGGGGAGGCAGGGCAUUGUUUUGUGUUUGCAAAUUUGAUAAAUAAGAAAUGAAUUCCCUCCAAAAGGUGCAGAAAUGCUUUGGGUCUUCCUUUCCCUUAGAAACAAGCAUCCACAUAAGAAGUUCGUUUCUUAGAUUGGAAACUUGCCGUUUAACCAUCCUACAUUAAAAAUAGCAAGGAGGGUGUUUUCCAUGAGUCAGCCUUGCACAGCAUUUGACUCAGUGCUUCCUUGUGGUUGAAGUUUCCCAAUCUCAAAGUGGACUUGCCCUAAGUUAUGGAGAUAUAUAGCAAUGGGGUAGCUCAAGGCUUAUUUCAGGGGCACAGGAGCAUUUCUGGUUCCUUACUGGGGGCUGCUCAUUCAGCUCUGUUUUGAACCAACAUCACCCUCAUCAAUGAAAGAAAAUAAGGAUUUGUUCAGUUUAAACUGUUCUUUUAGAUCCUGUGACCCACCCACCCCCGUAAUUGCUCAGGAACUUUGGAACUUUGCUGUUUUCAUCACAUUCCUCUUUCACUUCCUCUUGUUCCUCCCUGUAGUUGCACAUUUUCCAUUCUCAGUUACUUGGAACUGUCUGGGACAUUUCAUCCGGAGGCCACUCAUAACUAUGAUCCAUCCACAGGUAUCCACAGGGCUCAGCUUUUCUGCUGGGUCUUCUGCUGGUCUAGAGCAGUUGCCCAGCCUCAAUAAUAAUAAUAAUAAUAAUUUUAUUAUUUAUACCCUGUCCAUCUGGCUGGGCUUUCCCAGCCACUCUGGGCGGCUUCCAAAAAAAUAUUAAAAUACUGUAAUACAUCAAACAUUAAAAGCUUCCCUAAACAGGGCUGCCUUCAGAUGUCUUCUAAAAGUCUGGUAGUUGUUGUUCUCUUUGACAUCUGGUGGGAGGGCGUUCCACAGGGAGGGCGCCACCACCGAGAAGGCCCUCUGCCUGGUUCCCUGUAACUUGGCUUCUCGCAGUGAUGAAUGAGCAGCAGAGGAUGCAUUGUGUGCUGUCUGCACGGUUUAUAUUUCUUUAGUAAUGCAGAUAUUCUGUUUCUGAUGCCUAAUCGCAUGAUUUAAGAUUUUAAUAUAAUGUGGAACAUGACUCAGGAAUGUGUCUGCUUCCUCUAACCCUAACUUCUGCUCUUGUGUGUUCUUUCUCACUCAUAUGAUCUCUGCACAAGGCUAGCAGAUGCAGUUGGCAACUUCUUCUUUGUCUUGCUUCUGCACCUUCAUCUGACAUGGAAGAAAAUGAGCAAGCGAAGCUCUUUGUGCCACUUCAUUCGUAUCAGCAGAAUACCUGUGUGUCUGAUCGCUCCUUUCUGUCUGUGACAACUUGUUUUCUAAUCCCCUUUGCUGAGGUCCUUCGGCUCUCAGUUUUGCCUGCUCUGCUCUUGAUUCACAUCUGUGUGCACGUCAUCUUACGAUAUGGAGUAUAUGAACUGCCUUUUUCAAAAAGUACUCUGUGUGUGAAGUGAGGUUGUGUCAGAUGAAAGCUCUGCCUCUGUCAAGAGACGACGGCCUGUGCAUGAGCUCCCUUUAGGACAGUGCUGGGCAGGGACUAAUGAGGUCUGAAAUGGGUCCCAAUUUGGCCCUCAAAUUGCUCCCCACAAACAAUCAUGUGUUCUUCAGGUAUGGACGCGGAGCUCCCGAUUGUUCCUUUGCAAGCGGGACUCCCUGUUGCUGCUGAUCAGCUGAUAGAUGUUGACAGGACACCCCACUGGGGUUGGCUGUGCUAGGGAACAGUGUUAGAAAGUGAGAUAUGAAAGCUAGGCGCUUAACCUAAGUUAUGGGCGCAGCAACAGAAUGUCUAGGCACAUUUUUUUAAUAACAAGAAUACAAAGCUGAAAAUGAAUGAACUGCAGCUAAAAUAUUAUGUUCCUUUUUCACAUGGUCUAGUGCUGGGACGUCCAACUCUCAAUAGUCUGCAAUCUACUCACUGUAUAAAAAAAAUUGGCAGUGAUCUACCCAUUGUCGUUGGAUGGGUAGUUGUUGAGCUUUUUUUAGGAAGCCAAAGAAUCUACUACGAUCUACCAGGUACACCCUGCAAUCUACCAGUACAUCAUGAUCUACCUGAUGGUCAUCCGCUACCCACCCUCCUAAUAUUCUUAAUAGGGUCUCUUCCCCAGUCUUGAGAGAGUAGCUGGAAGUGAGGAGGCAGAAAAUGGCCCUCCUUUCCUUCCACUCCGUAAUUUUAAUCUUCAAUCUCAGGCACUGUGCUGCACCCAGAAUUCAGAAACCGCUCGCGCUGAUGAAAUUCCCUGUCACAAAAUGCGCCUUGGAACAUGGGAGUUUCGAAAACUGCUAGGGCAGGCUUCCUCAACCUCGGCCCUCCAGAUGUUUUGAGACUACAGUUCCCAGCAUCCCUGACCACUGGUCCUGCUAGCUAGGGAUCAUGGGAGUUGUAGGCCAAAAACAUCUGGAGGGGCGAGAUGGAGGAAGUCUGUGCUUGGGAGUUUCCUAAUGCUGAGUGGGUUUGCUCUAUUUCAAAGCAGCUAGGAUUCUAUUUUCCACAUUGUAUUAUAGGUCAUCUAAAGCGGGGGGAACGGGAGAGAAGUUUCCAUGGGGUGGGGAUACUGUCUUGAUGAGUAUCCCCAUGGAGAGCAGAACUUUCCCAGCUCUCGGUUCUUCUUUCACCUCUACAUCUAGUCUUUAAAACCUCUCCAGGCACAAAUGGCAGAGAUUUUUGCAGGCCUCACAAUAUUUUAAGCAGCAAACAAAUUCUAAUUCCUCCUCCCCACCCCACACACCUUUUUCUGUUCCCAAAGGUGAAAGGACAAGUGGAAGAGAAAGAAGGCAGAAGCUUUGAAGUCUUCGAAGCAGUUGAGUUUAAGACGCAGAUGGUUUCUGGAAUAAACUACUUCAUCAAGGUACCGUAUAUGCCUGCUGUUUUUGUUGUUGUAAAGCACACAUUCGCUCUUGUGGCUAUCAAGUCAAAUGCAGUAUAUCUGCUAAGAAUGGACAGUUUCUCCAUUAUAUGUCAACAAAUUAAAGCAUCCAGGGUAUUUUCCAGGUGAUUUUGCCUGAGUCUGAGCCUUUGGAAGCCAAGCUUAGUGCUGAGGCGGUAAAUCCUGGGUAGCGGCUGGGUGUCAGGUCCUGGGCAGAGGAGGAAUGGUGGAGACCGCCUGCCCAGCAUGACCCUUCCAGAGAAGAAGAAGACAGUUCAGAAUUACAACUGUGGUUUGCGGGAGUUCGCAGCUCAGAGGCAGAUGAGGAGAAAAGUUGGGAACUCAUGGGAGAGCCCAGAACAACACCCAGCUGACCUGUUGUCAUUGGAAAACAUUCCAGACCCUCCAUCUCCCAGAACCCGGCGAGCCUUAAAAGUAGGAGAGCAAAGAGCUCAAAGACAGAGGACCUGUAGCAGCACCCGUAGAAGUGACGAAUGGGGAAGUGGGAGAGAUGGGGGGUGGAGAUUCACCCAGGACAACAGCAUUAUCCAAGAGGCUGGGUUCUAUUAAGGGGCUGGAAUUCUACUCUUGCCUGCUCCCCAGCAUACUGCUUUUAAAUGUGGAGAUAAAUUAUUUUGGAUGGUGGUAAUAGCGUGACGCGGGUGGCGCUGUGGGUUAAACCACAGAGCCUAGGACUUGCUGAUCAGAAGGUCGGCGGUUUGAAUCCCCGCCACGGAGUGAGCUCCCUUUGCUUAGUCCCUGCUCCUGCCAACCUAGCACUUCGAAAGCAUGUCAAAGUGCAAGUAGAUAAAUAGGUACCGCUCCGGUGGGAAGGUAAACGGCGUUUCCGUGCGCUGCUCUGGUUCGCCAGAAGCGGCUUAGUCAUGCUGGCCACAUGACCUGGAAGCUGUACGCCGGCUCCCUCGGCCAGUAAAGCGAGAUGAGCGCCGCAACCCCAGAGUCAGCCACCACUGGACCUAAUGGUCAGGGGUCCCUUUACCUUUUAAUAGUGUGAAAGAGAGUUCAGUCAUUUGAUUCUCCCCCCACCCUCUGAACUGUUACGUCUGCUACAGAAAUUGAUUGCUUCACUGAGAAUUAGGCCCCAUUUACUAAAUCUUGGUUUUCAUUCUAACAAUAGCAGCAGUAAUGCAUCUGUGCUGAUACUGCCGUUUGCACCCGUCAAGCAAUCAUUUGUGUUGGUGCUGCUGAAGCCUCAGAGAACUGAGGGAUUGGAUGAUUUCCCUGAGGAACGUUAGGCAGAUGAAUCCUUUAGGACAGAGUAGGCUAAACAGGAGCUCCUGGCAUUUGUUUGGCGUCACGGAGAUGUGAAAAGCAAUCCUUCCAUAGGAAAGAAGCUUGAUUCCUCCUCCCCUUCCCAACUACAGUACAACUAUAAUGAAGCGAGACGAGCGCUGAUGCCUAAGCUAUACUGGAUGACCUUUCCCCUAAACGGCCUCGGUCCAGUAUACCUGAAGGAGCGUCUCCACCUCCAUCGUUUUGCCCGGACGCUGAGGUCCAGUGCUGAGGGCCUUCUGGCGGUUCCCUCCCUGCGAGAAGCCAAGUUACAGGGAACCAGGCAGAGGGCCUUCUCGGUGGUGGCGCCCGCCCUGUGGAACAUUCUCCCACCAGAUAUCAAAGAGAACAACAACUACCAGACUUUUAGAAGACAUCUGAAGGCAGCCCUGUUUAGGGAAGCUUUUAAUGUUUGAUGUAUUACAGUAUUUUAAUAUUUUUUCAGAAGCCGCCCAGAGUGGCUAGGGAAGCCCAGCCAGAUGGGCGGGGUAUAAAUAAUAAAAUUAUUAUUAUUAUUAUUAUUAUUAUUAUUAUUAUUAUUAUGCCUUCACUUCACACAAUUUACAGGCCCCUUUUUCUUCCUUUCCAGGUCCACAUUGGCAAUGACGAGUUCCUUCACGUGAGAGUGUACAAAAGACUCCCUCAUGAAAACAAACCACUGGAGCUCACCAGUUACCAAAGCAAGAAAGCAAAACACGAUGAACUGGCUUACUUCUAAGCAGUUCUGCAGAAGCCUUUCUCCCUCUGCAGUUUUUUUACUCAGUUGAAAACCGGUGUUUAUUUUGCCAAAUGCAAAUGAUUUUUCUUUCUUUCUUUUUUUAAAAAAUAGCAUCGUGCUUUAAAAUUGUAGUAAUGUAGCCAUGCUUUGAUCAUAUUAUUUUUUGUUGCGCACAAGUAUUUAUGUGCUACUUGUGUGUAAACCGUAAGCGCAUAGAUCAAGGACUGGGACUGUGCUUUUUACCUCACGCUAUCACCUCCCCCCCCCCACACAUGUGUUUAGCAACAUUUUGUAUGAGCAGAAAGCCUAAUUCAUGACACUUGACUAAUCAGGUGUCCCAGAUGUGGAGACCCCCUACUCAUGAGUAGGAGCGCACAUAUUACUGGGAUUUCUGCUCACACAACCAUGACCAUGUGCUUACUAAAAAGAAAAAAGAGGAGGGGGAAGACGCUGAUUGGGCUAAAACCAGGCCCCAAUCCUCUAUGCGCUUAUGCCUAACAUGUGAGCAACAUCUGAAUAGGGCUACGUAGUCAUUAUAUACCCAAGAAUUCAUCUGAUGUGCAUUCAUUUUUGUAUACCACUUCUUUGGAGCCUUCUCAAUAAAUCAAGUUGCUUGCUUAAUAAAAAAUAUUCCCAUGUUAUUAGGGGAAACUUCAUAA